CUGCGUUGCCCGUAAAAUCAAGAUCAAGAAAGCCGUGCCGGGUGUUGUGAUCAGCUGGCCGCGGCGGUGCCUCAUUCCUCAACCUUCAUGCUGGCACGCUGCUCUUGGCUUUCCGCAGGCACCACUCAGCUUAAACUCCAAGGUGGCGCCGGAACACCCCAAAAGCAAGAGGGCUGGGAGGGCAUCGCCACUUGACAAAAUGAAGCAGUAUUUGUCCAAGGACUUCUUGGUGAAGGUCGUGUGUCACCCAUCUUACUUCGGGAGGGUGUCGGUGCUUUUCAUUCUGGCCGAAAUAGUCAUCAAUGUGCUUAUCAUCAACAAGAUUAAGUAUACUGAGAUUGACUGGGUAGCAUACAUGCAAGAGGUGGAGGGUGUGGCCAAUGGAACCUGGGACUACACCAAGUUGAAGGGGGACACUGGGCCUCUUGUUUAUCCUGCAGGUUUUGUCUACUUCUUCCUGGGCCUGUACCACCUGACUGGCCGAGGCACAAACAUCCACCUGGCUCAGUACAUCUUUGCCUUCCUGUACAUUGUCCUCCUUGCUUUGGUGUGCAGGCUCUUCCACAAAAGCCAAAAGAUGCCGCCAUAUGUGCUGCUUGUGAUGUGCUGCACCUCCUACCGCGUGCACUCCAUCCUGGUGCUGCGACUCUUCAAUGACUCAGUGGCAAUGAUAUUCCUGUACGGCGCCAUGAACCUGUUCAUCGAGAACCAGUGGGCCCUUGGCAGUCUGGUGUACAGCCUGGCCGUGUCUCUCAAGAUGAACAUCCUGCUCUUUGCCCCAGCACUGCUGCUGGCUUACCUGCGCUGCUUGGGACUCUGGGGCACCAUCAAGCAGCUCACCAUCUGUGCCUCUGUGCAGCUUGUCUUGGGGGCACCAUUCCUCCUAGCAAACCCUAUUGGUUACAUCAAGAUGGCCUUUGACUUGGGCCGAGUGUUCCUCUUCAAGUGGACGGUCAACUGGCGGUUUCUGCCAGAGGAGGUGUUUUUGAAUCCUUUCUUCCACUUAUCAUUGCUGUGCCUGCAUGUGGCUCUUCUUGGCCUGUUUGCCUACACUCAUGGGAACAAAUUUCUCUCAAGCUACUAUAACCUGAUCCAAGUGGACACCAGGCUGAACAUCAAGUCUCAGUUAUUCAUCCUGCCAAUGUUUCUGAGCAACUUCAUCGGCAUGGCAGUGAGUCGCUCCCUCCACUACCAGUUCUACAUCUGGUACUACCACUCCCUGCCCUAUCUCCUCUGGUCCACACCAUACAGAAUUUCUACCAGGUUCUUGCUGAUGGGUGUCAUUGAGCUGUGCUGGAACACUUACCCUUCAACUUGGUGGAGCUCCGGCCUGCUGCACUGCUGCCACUUUGCCAUCCUGCUGGGGAUCUACAUGGAGCGGCCAAAAGACAAGAUUUUGAAGAAAGUUAGAAACAUGCUGGAGAAAAACAAAUAGUCCUUACUACACUUCAUGGCUUUGGCUCUUACAUUUAUGUGUGUGUGUAUGUCUGUGUGUUUGUAUGUGUGUGUACAAGAGCAGAUGUGUUGUAGCAUUUUUACCAACUGACCACCUCACUGUCUAAUGUUGCUGUGCCUUACUUAGAUAAUCAGUCAGUGUUUGAGACCUCUCUGUCUCUUGACUAAGUGUGUGAGAUUAUUCCUUCAGGCAAGUCACUGCCAUUGUUAGCUCCUUACUGCUCCAAGGUGAUCAGUGAGGACAGCAGUACUCAAAACACCAACUGCACCAUACUGCUUAUAUUUGUGGGCCAGGAAUCCAUUAUUAAUUUAUUCUUUAUUUCAUUAUUUACAAACUCAUGUAUACAAAUUUAGAAUAUUUAAGAUUGUACAUGAGUGUCUGUGUGUGUGUGUGUGUGUGUGUGUGUGUGUGUGUGUGUGUGUGUGUGUGUGUGUGUGUGUGUGUGUGUGUGUGUGUGUGUGUGUUUUGCAAAUGGCAACUAAGAGAAACAAGAGUGGAGAGCUGAAUGUACAAGAAGAGGUGAAGUGUGUGGAAGAAUUACUGGAGAUCAUUGGUGCAUUAUUAACUCUUUGACUGCUAUAGUUGCAUGAUAACUUGGAUUGGUGCAAGUUUAGAGUGUAAUAAUUUCAAGACACCACUGACAACAAAAGGAGUGAUGGAGUAUUUCAAAUCUUUCACUGCCACUACUUGUAUUCUUGCUUUGUGAAGUCAUCAAUAGCUGCUCAGAUUGAAACAAAUAACAUAAUUGUGUUUUAAGCAGUGAAGAAUUAACUAUUAGAAGGAAAGUUGAAUUAAUCAUCAUGAUAUAUAGCAAGAAGGAGAGUUUUGAAAUAAUUGAAUAGGAUUACCAUGUCCCAAGAUGCAACUUGCUUUCUAAAAGAAGUAGGUCCCUGAAUUAUGGAAAACAAAACCAAAGAAAAGUUUUAUAUAUUUAUUCACAUAUUUAUUUAUUCAUUUUUUAUUUGUUAUAUAUUUUAUAGUUUCUUAAAGAUGUAAGUUUGGCAAUAGCUUUCAAAAAGAGUCUGGUGAGGAGGAUAACUGGAUCUGAUGUGAGAGGAGAAGAGAGCAUGGACUGUGUGAAGAGGUGUUAGAUGCAAUAGGGAUGUCUGUGGGGCAAGGAAUGGUGGCUGUGUGUGAUAGGGAUGAAUGGAGGCCUGUUGUGAAUGUAUGAAUGGCAUUUUACCCACAUUUGGUCUAGUCAAUGGGUCAGGAGCACUUAACUUGGUGGUUACUUCUGGCUGUGACCAAUUUGUUGAAAAAAAAAAAAAAUUGUUAUUUAUGAUAUUGUACAACUGUUGUACAAAAGUCAUCAACACUACUGGAAGUUAUGGGUUGUCAAUAAAUAUUAGUCAUAA